GGCGAGCUGCCGGCAGUCUAGGCAGAGUGAGUCCUCACGCAGCAGCAGCAGGAGCAGCAGCAGCUGCAUCGCUCCAGCCAGAGGCGAGGGAAGGGAUGCAGGCAGGGCAGGGAAGCCACCCCGGCGAGAACGUGUAGUGGGGCCAGGCGCGGGCUGGGUGCUCCUCCUGCCUGCCUCCCCGCAUCCCGUCCCCGAUGAUCGCCCGCCUCCCGCAGAGAGAGGGAGGCACACCUCAGUGUUUUAAAGGAGUAGCGGAGGGAGAGGAAGAGACACGCAGCCAGCCACCCAGAGAGCGAGCGAGCGGGCGAAGGAGCAACUGGCAGCAGGCAGGAGUCGGACUCGGGCGAGGAGCUCCCGAUGUCACAUGUGCUUUCUAAUCAAGCGGCCGGGAGCAUCUGCAAGCUGGCUCUGGUGGAGGAGGAUGCUGCGGCAGGUGAUCCACAGAGGGCUCCAGUCGUUCUGCCACAAGCUGGGCUUGUUCGUCAGCCGGCACCCGGUGUUUUUCCUCACGGUGCCCGCAGUCCUGACCAUCAUCUUCGGCUUCAGCGUCCUCAACCGCUUUCAGCCUGAAACGGACCUGGAGCUCCUGGUGGCCCCGAGCCACAGCCUGGCCAAGAUCGAGAGGAGCUUAGCCAACAGCCUUUUCCCCCUCGAUCGCUCCAAAAGCCAGCUCUAUUCGGACUUGCACACUCCGGGAAGGUAUGGCAGGGUGAUCCUCCUCUCCAAGCCCGGAGGCAAUAUUUUGCAUCAGGCUGAAGGGCUGCUGCAGAUCCACCGAGCCGUGCUGGAAAUGAAGGUGAACCACAAAGGCUAUAAUUAUACUUUUUCCCAUCUGUGUGUGUUGAGAAAUCAGGAUAAGAAAUGCGUGCUGGAUGAUAUAAUUUCAGUGCUAGAGGAUCUGAGGCAGGCUGCCCUCUCCAAUAAGACAACAGCCAGGGUGCAAGUGAGCUAUCCCAACACUAAAUUAAAGGAUGGAAGAAACAGCUUUAUUGGUCAUCAGCUUGGCGGGGUCAUGGAGUCGCCAAACAGCAAGGACCAGAGAGUCAAGUCAGCUAGAGCCAUUCAAAUCACUUACUACCUCCAAACCUAUCAUUCUGCUGCCCAGGACCUCAUUGGCGAAAAAUGGGAGAAUGAAUUCUGCAGACUGGUGCAAAAGCUGCGGCUGAGCCAUGAGGACCUGCAGCUGUAUUCUCUAGCCUCCUUUAGCCUGUGGAGGGACUUUCACAAGACCAGUGUCUUGGCCAGGGGCAAGAUCUUGGUGAGCCUGAUGCUGAUUCUGGUGACUGCUAUUUUUUCCAGCUCCAUGAAAGACUGCCUUCGCAGCAAGCCCUUCCUGGGGCUUCUGGGAGUACUCACUAUCUGUAUCUCCAGUGUCACUGCGGCAGGGAUAUUUUUCAUAACGGAUGGAAAAUAUAACUCAACUCUGUUGGGAAUUCCUUUCUUCGCAAUGGGUCAUGGAACAAAAGGAGUAUUUGAACUUCUGUCAGGAUGGCGUCGAACCAGAGAAAACUUGCCAUUCAAAGACAGGGUUGCAGAUGCCUACUCUGAUGUCAUGGUCUCCUAUACAAUGACAAGCUCCUUGUAUUUCAUAGCCUUUGGCAUGGGUGCCAGUCCUUUCACCAACAUUGAGGCUGUGAAAAUCUUCUGCCAGAAUAUGUGCAUCUCCAUCCUGUUGAACUACUUCUAUAUCUUCUCCUUCUUUGGCUCCUGUCUGGUCUUUGCUGGACAGUUGGAGCAGAAUCGCUACCACAGCAUCUUCUGCUGCAAGAUCCCCUCAGCAGAAUACCUGGAAAGGAAGCCAGUUUGGUUCCAAACCAUGAUGAGUGAUGGUCACCAGCACUCUACUCAUCAUGAGACCGACCCAUACCAGAACCACUUUAUUCAACAUUUUCUACGGGAGCAUUACAAUGAGUGGAUCACUAACAUCUAUGUUAAACCAUUUGUGGUGAUAUUGUACCUCAUCUAUGCCUCUUUUUCCUUCAUGGGCUGCUUGCAGAUCAAUGAUGGGGCCAACAUUAUCAAUCUCCUCUCCAGUGAUUCUCCAAGUGUGUCGUAUGCUCUCAUUCAACAGAAAUAUUUCAGCAACUACAGCCCAGUGAUAGGCUUCUAUAUCUAUGAACCUCUCGAGUACUGGAAUGGCACUGUACAAGAUGACUUAAAGAAGCUGAGCGAAGGCUUUAACACGCUGUCCUGGCUUCAGCAAUAUUACCAAUAUUUGAGAGCUGGGAACAUUAGUGCCACCAAUAAAAGCGACUUCCUUAGCAUCCUUCAAAGCUCCUUUUUAAGAAAGCCAGAAUUCCAGCACUUCAAAAAUGACAUCAUUUUCUCCAAAGCUGGAGAUGAAAAUAGCAUAAUUGCUUCCCGCAUGUAUCUUGUGGCUAGGACUAGUGAAAAAACGCAGAGAGAUGUCAUAGAGUUACUGGAGAAACUAAGGCCACUCUCUCUGAAACAGAGCAUCAAGUUCAUUGUGUUCAACCCUACCUUUGUCUUCAUGGACCAAUACAGCCUCUCAGUCACAAUGCCUGUCUUGAUUUCAAGCUUUGGCAUCUUGCUGGUGUUGUUACUUACCUUUUUCCUAGUUAUUCAUCCUCUGGGGAACUUCUGGUUAAUCAUCACUGUCACCUCAAUAGAACUUGGCGUACUGGGCUUGAUGACUUUAUGGAAUGUAGACAUGGAUUGCAUUUCUAUAUUGUGCCUUAUUUAUACUUUGAAUUUUUCCAUAGAUCACUGUGCACCCCUGCUUUACACAUUUGUACUAGCAACUGAGCACACUCGAACUCAGUGUAUAAAGAGCUCACUUCAAGAACAUGGGACAGCCAUUUUGCAAAAUAUUACUUCUUUUCUUAUUGGGUUGGUCCCCCUCCUUUUUGUGCCUUCAAACUUGACCUUCACACUGUUCAAAUGCUUGCUGCUCACUGGGAGUUGCACACUUCUGCACUGUUUUGUUAUUUUACCCGUCUUUCUAACAUUUUUCCCACCCUCCAAAAAGCACCACAAGAAAAAGAAACGGGCCAAACGAAAAGAGCGAGAAGAGAUUGAAUGCAUAGAAAUUCAAGAGAACCCGGAUCAUGUGACGGCAGUUUGAAAGUCUCACCAAAAAAAUAAAAUAAAAAUCAGUAUUUGUAUUACAGAAAAAAAAUGUUGCACAGAGCUGCAGGGAAAGUAGAGUAAAGAUCUCCACUGCUUGUGCUGGCCAUGCGAAAUGACAGAGGAAGCUCAAGAAAGGGGUAUUUAUGACAAACGGAAGUGAAAGUGUUUGGUUUUUAAAAAUGUAACUGUGGGAAAGAGACGGGGGGAUUGGAGUAGGGAGAACGCUCCAAACGGUCUUCUUUUAAGGCUUUUACUUCACCAAGCAUAGUGUUUAUUGGCAGUUUUCUCAACAACAACAACAAAAAGCAAAUGAAAUCUGAAGUGAACAAAUUCAGUCAGGCAGAAAUCAGAUGUCACAUGGAAUCUGAGGUAAAACCACCUCCAGUUGGCCCUGUAUGACCUGCACAUUAUUGGAACUGUGGUUGCAGGACCCAAGUGCGGUUCCGAUUCCUCUCCCCAACCUCCAGAUGAACCCUCGGUUUGAAGUAAGGCACCAAACCAAGAGGCUGGAGAGUGUUGUCCAGUUUGGACAAGCUGCACAAACCAGAGUUAAGAGUAGGAAGCUCCUCCCACUCUUCAACUCAACUGGGUGCCACAGCUUUCCUUCCUGGGUGGAGGAAGCCCACACAGCCAGUUCCGCCCCCUUUGCAGUCUCCCAGACUGCAGAUUGUCACCAUGUGGGAGUGUGCCAGGGGAUUCAAAGGGAAAUUGUGGGUCCAUUGAACCUGCAGUUAAAAAGUACAUCUGAAUGGGCCCUUAAAGUUACCAAUGAAAAAGCUAACAAAGGUUUCGAAUCAUAUAAAACCAUAAGAAAAUAUGGGGAGGGGGGAGUUAUGACCGUACUACUAUUUUUUUAAGGUUGAUCCAAAUAAAACCUAUGCAGUUGGUAAGUAGAUAUUCAGUCAAUCGAAGCCAAAGUACUUCCCUACCCUAAUAUACCAGAUUUAUCUACAUGCCAUGCCACAGCUGAAAACAAUGUUGUUUAUUCAGAGAAUGAGUCUAUGCUUUCCAAGAUGUAGAUACAUGUAUGUAGGGAGACAUAAUUCAUUAGGGAGCUUCUGUUUCUGCAAAAUUGAUGUUUGACAGUGCUUCUCAGUGGGUUUGGAGUCCUCCUCAGAACCCAUGGUUUUUAUAACAUAACAUGUACUUGAACGCUGAGAAACGUCCCAGGUCACAACCACUGCAGAGCUACCUAUAAUUACUGCAAUGCUGUCCUUUAGAUUCCGACAUUCUCUGUAGUAACAUUAGACACAGAAUACUAAUCGGGCAGAUGUGUCAACAGUAACGAUAGAUCAUCCUCCAUAGACAGAGCAUGGUGAUCAUUCUAUACCUAAAGCAAGUAUUGAGCGUAUAGCAAAGGUAAGCUCCACGGAUGAUGUUAAAAUGAAAUUAGAUCAAUUGCCCCCUUGACCUAUGGUCCAAACUGUUUGCAUGUUGUAUUUCACAUCUCCUUUGGCAAACAGAUUAUGCCUUUUGCCACAAGAAAAAACAUUUUUACCAAAAUCAAACAUAAAAGCAACAGGCUGUGAGUGAACUGGAUUUUUUUUAUAAAGCAUUACUAUUAAAUGCCUGAUAGAUUGUGACAAAGCUUUCUGGCUGUUGAGAAUUUUAGAUGAAUGCAGUAAAUUCAUCACUUACUGCAUGAGACUAGAGUUAUACUAUUACAAAAGGAUCGUCCCUGCUAAGGAUGAUCUAAGUAUCCAUGCUUAGAAGCAAAAGAGAAGGAAUGGAAAGAGAUUGAGCCAGUCAUACUCGGACGAGGUGACCUUGUGCCCUGAGUUAAGCCACAUAUUCUCUCUUCUAAAAGCAUUUUAGAAAGGGCUUGCUUUAUGCAUUCUUGAAUGCAGCCUAGCCUUGCAAAAACUAGCAAUGUCUUCCUGCAAAUAUAUUCUGUAUAUGAUCACUGUUUAAAAGAAAUAUCAAAGGGUGUGUGGGGAGGGGUUGGUAGUGUUGAUUUAUUUAUCCCCCCCCCAAAAAAAAUGUUUUGAAACAUGUUCUAACUAAACUGCUAUAUAGUAGAAUGAAAUCUUUUUUGCACCUGAAGAAGGCAACAUGCUGAAAUGAGUUGGGCAUAUUAUAUUGUAUUGUGUUACUGUGAAAUGUGAUUUUACAACAGUACUAGAACUUUUAAUUUAAAAUUUGAAACUAUCUGGUU